AUGCUGGACAUCUCGCUAGAAGUUUUCUCCGGGGUGCCAGGUUCUAUUCUUCUGGCUGGAGGACUGCUAGGGUGUCUACUCAUCCAAUUCCUCUACUUGAGACAGACUGACCACCUAUCCGCAAUUCCCGGACCAUGGCUAUCCAAAUGGACCGGUGCCGUCACGACAUACUACUGGUUUAUCGGAGAGCGUGCGCAAUAUGUCGACUCGCUUCACAAGAGAUACGGUCCAAUCGUUAGAGUCUCCCCCACGGAAGUUGAAAUAAACGAUAUCACAGCCAUUAAGCAGAUCCACAAAGUCGGGGGUCCAUUCAUGAAAUCGGACUGGUACUAUACGCUCACCAGUACGGCAGUCCAAACUAUGUUUAACACAACCAACGCUGUGUACCAUUCGCGGCUUCGCAAGCUUCUGUCUUCACCAAUUUCCGACGCUAAUCUGAAACAGUAUGAAGGUGCUGUUACAGAUCGAGUUCUCCUUGCAGUUCGCAGAGUCGCCGAAGAGCUAGAAUCUAGAGGUGUGGCAGACAUUUACAAGUGGAUGACCUUCCUAACCACUGAUAUUAUCGGCGAGUUGAGUUUCGGUCAGUCGUUUCAAAUGCUGGAGCGCCGUGAGAAAAACCAAUAUGUGAAAGAUCUAGAGGCCUUGGUCUCCCAGCAGCCUCUCCUGACAACCUUCCCAUUCUUGAUAUCAGCCGCCCGAUACCUGAAUCUUGGAGUCUUCCGUCGGGUCGUUGAACGUGUAAUUCGCAUUAAUGCAUAUGCUGCCGAAUCAGUCCAGCGAUAUCAAGAUCAUCUUGCCCUGCACCCAACAAACCCGAAGCCUACACUCUUUACAAAGGUUUUUGGUGCAGAAAAAGACAACAGUCUUACCCAUCAAGAAGUCGUUUCCAACGCUCAGGGUUACAUUAUCGCUGGGAGUGAUACUACUGCUAUAACACUGACUUAUCUGAUUUACUGCCUCUGCAAGCACCCGAAGGUCCUUGAAAAGCUUGUCCGGGAGGUGCAGUCAUUGCCGGACAAUUUCACUGACAAGGAAUGUCGAGAAUUGCCCUUCAUGGACCAAGUGAUGACUGAAACGAUGCGCCUAUACCCAGCUGUUCCGACUGCAUUGCCACGAACUGUCCCCGCUGGAGGAGCUGUUUUGGGUGGCUACCGAUUUCCCGGUGGAAUUACAGUAUCGACACAAGCAUACAGCAUGCAUCGCAACCCAGAAGUAUUUGAGUCCCCAGAGAGUUUUGACCCUUCCCGAUGGGAAAACCCAAGUAAGGAGAUGAGAGAAUGGUUUAUGCCUUUUGGCGGAGGCUCCCGAAGUAAGGCAUCAAUACACACUUUUUUCGACGAUUUCCAAACCUGCGGCACCAUAUGCAUAGACCCCGUCCAGAAAUCAGUCCUGCUCGUAAACUACCCAGCUAAGAACGAAUACUUUCUUCCGAAAGGUCGCAAGAACCGCGGCGAGACACUAGAGAGCGCGGCUGCCAGGGAAACAUACGAGGAAACUGGAUAUCCUUGUCAACUGCUGCAUCAUAACAGCCUGCCUACGAAAGCGCCCCUGGUGCCAUCGAGCCGAGAUGACACACAGGAGGAACACUCUACUGGUCAGAUUAAAAAUUCAGAAAGAGAGCUUCACACUGAGCCAUUCGCGGUACAGCAGUGGGUGUAUCAGGAUGGGACCCGGAAGUUAAUUUUCUGGUUUUUGGCUGUAGGAAAUUCGAUGCAACUACCGCACGAAAACACACAAGACGAGGGCGAAAACUUUGAAGCAUUUUGGUUUGAUAGAGAUAGCUCCUUGGCUAUAGCAACGUAUGAUGAUGACCGGGCACUGAUUGAAAGGGCAUUUGACGCUUUGAAGAUUUGA